AUGGCCGCUAAAGUGUCUCCUUUGAGCCCACUAGCGCUAUAUAACCUGGUGUCUGCCGGACUGUGGGGAUUUUUUCUGUUUCGUGCGGUGAACGUGUACCCAAAGAUUGGUCAGCCGGCGUUUUUCUACGAGACCAAGGGCUAUCUUACAGCGAUCCAAUGUGGUGCGUUGAUUGAGAUUUUGAACUCUCUUCUGGGAAUUGUGCGUACUCCUCUAUUGACCACUGUGGCCCAGGUGGCUUCUCGUCUUUUAGUUACCGUGGGUAUCUUCCACUACUUGCCAGAAGCGUACAACGCUCACAAUGCUACUUUCCUGUCUCUUUUGACCGCGUGGUCCGUGACAGAAAUUGUGCGUUAUCUGUUUUACUACUUUAAUUUGACAGCUGCUGGCGGGCCUCCCAAGAUUCUAGUGCUUUUGCGUUAUAAUCUGUUCUGGCUGCUGUAUCCUAUGGGAGUGGCCAGUGAGUUGUUAAUCAUCUACUCUGCUUUGCCUGUGGCCGAAGCCAGAUACUCUAGCAACGUCAAGUGGGCCCUUGUUGCGAGCAUGCUCUUCUACAUACCGGGUUUCCCAAUGUUAUACUCGCAUAUGGUGGUUCAAAGGAAGAAAGUGAUGAAAUCAUUGCGUAACGCUUCCAGCACUGGGAAAAAAAAGGCAUAG